AUGGCUCGCUCCGUGACAGCAACUACGAACGGCGCUUCGAAGAGGAGGGAACCCGCCAAUGGCAAGGCAAACAGGCAGGUAAACGGCAGCGCGAACGGUGCAGCUCCGGAAGCUGAAGCACAGGUCGAUGAUGCGAGUUACCGCGACUUCUUCUGGACCUACACCGAGGAGCCACAUCGGACCAGGCGCCUUGCCAUCAUCAAGGCGCAUCCCGAGGUAACCAAACUGUGCGGUCCCGAGCCCCUGACCAAAUAUGUCGUCGCCGGUGUCGUUGGCCUCCAAAUACUUCUCGCCCAUCUCCUGCGCGACACCUCCUUUUGGUCAUGGAAGUUCUGGGCAGUGGCAUACGUCUUCGGCGCCACCUCCAACCAGAACCUGUUCCUCGCCAUCCACGAGAUCUCCCACAACCUCGCCUUCAGGUCGCCCAUGGCCAACCGACUAUUUGCCAUUUUUGCCAACCUGCCCAUUGCCGUGCCAUACAGUGCUUCGUUCAGGCCCUACCACCUCACGCACCACAAGUCCCUCGGUGUCGACGGUCUAGACACCGACCUCCCUACUGCCUUCGAAGCUGUGUUCCUCGACUCGAUCCUUGGAAAGGCCUUCUUCUGCACCUUCCAAAUCUUCUUCUACGCUCUCCGGCCCAUGACCGUCUACCGUGUGCCCUUCACCUGGGUGCACGGCCUGAACGUCGCCGUCCAACUCGGGUUCGACUACGCCCUCGCGUGCCUCCUCCCGGGCUACUUCACCUUCAAUUCUGUCCUCUACCUGCUGCUCUCCUCCUUCCUGGCCGGCUCGCUGCACCCGACAGCGGGCCACUUCAUCGCCGAGCACUACGUCUACGAGAAGAUCAUGCCCGAGGCGCGCCAGCCGAGCAACAACAUCCCCGUCCCCGAGACCUUCAGCUACUACGGCCCGCUGAACCUGGUCACGUACAACGUCGGCCUGCACAACGAGCACCACGACUUCCCGGCCAUCCCCUGGACCCGCCUGCCCGUGCUGCGGGAGAUGGCCAAGGAGUUCUACGCCGACCUGCCGCAGCAUCGCAGCUGGACCUACGUACUGUGGCGCUUCAUCUUUGACGAGGAAAUUGGCAUGCGGUGCCGGGUCAAGAGGAAGCAGGGCGGGAGAGUGGUUGGAGGAGGGACCGUCAAGGCCAAGGUGGCGGACUGGAAGGAGGAUGAGAUUGAGGCAUAG